AUGGAGAACCAAGGUUUCGAGGAGGAGCAACAGCCUUCGCGCCACGAGUCCUACCACGAUUCACAGGCAUUCUCCUUCGAUUCACCACCGGGUGUCGGCCUUUUUCCUCACGGUUCAGCCUUAAACACGGAUGGUCACGUGUACGAGGACAUCUCACCAGGCGUAGAAGACACCUCGAAUCUCUCCAACGGACCAUCCACUCAACAUUCUCAAGGAUCAAAGACGAACAGUCUUCAGCAACCAUUAAAUGUAGUUGAUUACAACAUUUCUCGAGAUGCUAGUACAACAGGAUCGUUGGAUCGUGAAGAGGUUGCAGCCGUUUUCAGACGCAAUCUGACGCUACCAUUUCGUCGAGGCAUCGGUCUCGAUUCUUCUACGAUAAGCUCCUCCGUUCGAGUGACGAGUCGAAAGAGCAUCAACGGCUGCCAAGAAGAUCUCGUCGUGGAUGAUGUCUUCUCCACGCCUCGAAUACAGCCGAACGUCUUGCAAAAUGAGUGCAGACCCAACAGAAGACGUAAGAAGAGGGAUUGCAAACAUUGUAGAAGUAAAGCUGCAUUUAGCAAUAUCCGAGAACUGGAAAUCAAUGAUAUGACGGUUUUAAGGAAGAACAGAGACAACGAACAGCAGCAGCAGCAGCAGCGUGUAACAUCGAACUCUAAUGAUCCACGUAAUUUUGUUAUGUUACCAACGUGUUCGCCGAUCAGAAAAGUGGAUGAAUCGGUGGUGAUGUUGGGUAGUAAUACCUCCUCGGUUUUUACGAUUUCUGAGAAGGUUGGAGGAUCGCCUGCAAGCACGUUAAAAUUCAUGGAGAGUGAAAGGGACGACGGUCGCGCGAAUCUUGUCAAUUCGACGCAGAUCAACGAGGAUAACGCUCUGACCGUGGCGGAGAAAAGCAGAGCCGGUAUGAGGGUGAAUUCGAUAUAUUCGCAAGAUCGAUGGUAUGCCAAGGAAGCGCCGAUAUUUUUCACGGACGUCAAGGAACAUGGUUCAUUUCAGAGGGCCUACUCCCUCCCGGUACGAACGCACACUCCGUCCUCCCAAAAUCGCAUCAAUCUGCGACGAAGUGUCAGAGGAGAACCACCCCUGCAUCCCGCCAGACUUCGAAAGCACAGACACGGCUGGACUCUGCAUCUGGCGCAUCCUCUCGAGGCUUCUGGAUGCACCAGAUCCCUGGUCCUUCUGUUGAUCGUGUUACUGCUACUUCUGGGAAUAGGCGGCGUCGCUUUAUAUAUCGCGUUCGAGCCCGAGAAACUACAGAUUAUUCAACAGUACCUGAGGUCGUCGACAAACGACUCGGCGUCGAACGAUAACGUGUUAGCUGCGGAAACGUUGCUGCACCGAUCAAACGAAACGUCGAGCGCGUCAACGACAACGGCGCCGUCGCUGCUGGCGAGCAGCACCCUUUUAAACGUCGACCGGUCAUUUCCGGAGAGCGGUGCACCGCUGGCGCCGGAAGCGGAAACGGAAGCCAGCAGCCCGUCCAGCCUCAACUCCACCAGAUAUUGCGACGACUGCCUGACAGAAGAGGUUUGCGUCGCCCUCGUCGACGAGGAAGUGCCUACCUGCAAGAUCGCUCUCGAUUCCCAAGAUCCCACCGGAUGCGCCGGCUUCUGCCUUAUUAACAAACAAAAAUGUCAUCGUCUCGACGUAGACGCGUUUAGGUGCGACGAGAUGGAACAUUACUGUCUGGACGACGAAUGGACUUGCCUAAACACGCUCUGCAUUCCUCUGAAGAAGCAUUGCGACGGACAUAUGAAUUGUUACGACCAUUCGGACGAAUAUAAUUGCGUCUGCGACCUGGAGGCGCAUUUCCAGUGCGGUAACGAGACUUCCUGCCUUCCAUUGGAAAAGAGAUGCGACGGCAAGAUAGACUGCUGGGACGCGGCCGACGAGAUUAAUUGCACCUUAGGUCAUAAUCUCGGUAGGUCCUGUCCCUCGGAGAACGAGUUCCCGUGUAGCAACGGUCAAUGCAUAUUGAAAGCUCGUUUCUGCGAUGGACUGCCAGACUGCCUCGAUGGAUCUGAUGAACCUCACGGGUGCCAAGGACGGUGUAACAAGCACGAAUUCACAUGCCAAAAUGGUAGAUGCAUUACGAAGGGAAUGAAGUGUAACGGGGUCGAUGAUUGCGGCGACGGAACCGACGAGAGGCAUUGCAAGGAUCGAUUCUUCUAG